GCCAGCGCUGGAAAAAAUAUUUGCGGGAAGGCACUCUAUGAGUUUCGAGAACCGAACGUCUGUGCUGUGGACAUGGGCGAGAUACUGAAUAAGACGGCAGAUUUGAUAAAGUCAUGCCAGUUCACACAGUGUGACCUUGUGGUGCGCCUUACCAGCGAAGACCUGGCGGUAAAAUUGAAUGACACGUUCAUCAACAGGAAUAUUCAUGGUGUCACUUCCCUUGCUGGCGUUUGCACGGAACACAGGUUUGCAUUGGCAGAAGACGAUCCACACAAGUACAACGGAGUAUCUACCAUGGCUCAUGAGAUCGCACAUGCGCUUGGGGCAAGUCACGAUGGCGUGCUAGCACCGUCCCAGAUGGAAGGUUAUCCCCAAGGGCUUAACUGUUCGUGGGAAGAUGGAUAUUUAAUGAGCUUUUCGGGCACAGGCAAGAACAUGUAUUCGCUUUCAAACUGCACUGAGGCCCAAAUCCGUUUCGUUGUGAGGUCUCUGCCACAGUCUUGCGUCGAAGUUCAUAUGGAAGCAAACUACUCGAACCACCUUUACCCCGGGCAAAACAUGACGUUCGAACGAUUUUGUCAAACAAUGCAUCCAAAACAUGCGGACGUGAACGUCUCGGAUCGCCACGGUCAUACCUAUGAAGAGUGCAAGAUUCACUGUUGCUGGAGGCUAGACCUAAGUAUCGAAAUACGAAGUGACAUUGAUAUUGAUUUUGACGGCUACGGCGCUUACGAUUACGAAGAUCUCAAGGAGUGUCAGGAGCACAGCAUGCUGGAAGCAAUGCCAUGUGGAAGUGGUGGCAAGACGUGCUGGCGAGGUGUUUGUGGAGUACACAACUGGACAGAGAUAUACAACAGUUCGCAUACUUCCCGCACAUUCCAGACUCUUUAAUUUCGGUGACGUUAGGAAUAGGACAAGUUGAUGUACACAUGGACGACGUAAGAUUGAGAACUAAAUCUGCUUUUGUGAAUAGAAGCCGCAAAGAGUCAAGUGCCGCAGUAUGUCGAGUGCCAUAAAAUGAAAAUGCCAGAAAUCUUCAGCGGAACAAUAUAAAUAAAAU